GCGCUGUGAGGGGAGAGGAGGACAUUGUUUGCCUGUGACUGUGGGCAACGGAAAAGCAUGAGUUAUCAGGGCAUGUGUGAGUAUGUUCAGAGAGAGUGUUUGUUUGUGGGCAUGUGUGAAUGAGUGUGCGAUGGAAGGAGCAUGCGUGUGAGGACUGUUCCUGUUUGGGAUGUUGGAGCUUGGAGGCCAUUCAAAAGGAUGCUCAAACAAAAGCUGGAUUUUUUUUCUUCUCUUUUUUUGAAUGGUGAUUGAGGACUGGCUGGAUUCCGUUACUCAUGCGGUUUGGCUCCACGGUGCUUCGGGGUAGCUGAAGGAUCUUCUGCAUGCAUGGCCGAGGGGCCUUACCUCACCUACUACCCCACUAGCCUCUGGGCUGAAGGAUUAUGGGUAACCUCAUCAGCCGGCCCAGCUGCCUGGGUCAGAAGUCCAAGCAUGUCAGGUCAGACGAGGCCUUCCUGAAGGAGUGCUACCAACGGCGAAGGGAACGUCAACCCGCGGAGCAAAAUGGGGAGCCCAAACCCGAAAUGGCGGUCAAAGACAAAGCGGGAGAGGAGGCAUGCAAGGAAGGAGAGGUGCAGAGGGACGAGGAGGCACAGGAAAUCGAUCACAACAGGGAGGUCAGGGCUCAAACUCCCAUUUCGGAGAAACCCCUGCGUAGCUCUCCAACUUCCACAAUCAGGAGCACCAGUACGCUGGACAACAACGCCUGGCACAGCAGCCCUUCCCCGAUAAAAACAUCCCGAAAUGGGACGCUGACGAGGAGAGCUGUGCCUCCAGAGUAUACCCGUUCCCCUCUGGCUCACCCGGACCGGGCCUCUGCCGAGAGGAGGGGCAGCUUCCAGAGGAGAGACUCCAGAGAAGGAAGCCCCUGGUCCUGGAAGACUCUUGCAUCCCGCGAGGUGACGGAGGUGACGGAGGUGACGGAGACGGUCGUUACAGAGAUUGUGGAAGUGACAGAGUAUCCGUCUGGAGACAAAGGAGGCGACCCCGUUGUCACCAGAACUGUUAGAAUCCUGAACGGUGCCGCCGAGGAACUCGCUGAGCUCCAAAGUGAUGGACACUCAAGCUCAGAUCAGGAUUCCAGCCUGGAUAGAUGGAGAGGAACAAAAUCUGCCUUGUCUCUGAGGGAUGUUUCAACAGAUUCUGAGACAUUCCUCCAAAACCUGGAAGCUUUGCUCACAUGGGUCAGUGAGAUAGAGGAGCUCACAGCCAAUCAGAAACCGCCAUCCUCGGAGGUCAAAGUGGUGAAAGCACAGCUCCAAGAACAAAAGCUCCUGCAGCGCCUCCUGACAGACCGAAGGCGUAGCAUGGACUCCAUGAUGUUGCAGGGCCCUCGACUUGUGGAGGCCCACCCCGGAGAGGAGGGGGAGCAGGAAAAAGUCAAGCUGGCUGCUCUCACACGGAAGUGGGAAGCCUUACAGCUGGGUGCGGAGAAAAGGAGAGCGACGCUGGAGCUCAUUCUGCCGAGGGCCCAGCUCUUCCAGGAAGGAGUUGACAGCUUGCAGCAGUGGCUCAUGUCGGUGGAACAGACCGUCGCUGAACUACGCAACGCGGAGCGAGUGAUGCUGCGUCUCUCAGAGGCCACGGACAAGGCCAAGGCGGUCGUCGAAGAGAUUCAAGUCAAAACGGCUGAGCUAGGGAAAAUACAAAAGUCGGGACAUGCUCUGAUGGAAGCGAUUUCAGACGAGGAGGCCCAGCAGGUGCAGGAGAAGAUGGACGCUCUGCGUAUCCGCUGCUCUGUGCUGAGUCUAAGCAGUCUGGAUGUGCUGCAGAGGCUGGAUCAGGCCCUGGAGGCCUCCAGCCGCUGCACCUCCAGCCAGGAGGACCUCCACCUGUGGCUGGGCCGCAUCGAGAGGGAGCUGCUGGGGGCAGCGGGAGCGCAGGCGCAUGCUGGAGACGCAGUACUGUGUGCAGCAGAGAGACAGAGGCUGGAGCAGGCCGUGGUUAAGGAGGUGGCUUGGUUCAGAGACACAGCGCUGAGUCUUGAAAAGCUGAAAACUAUUCACCUGGAUCCAAAGCUCAUAGCAGAACAACUUUACGAACAGAAGAUUUUGGCAGUGGAGAUCCUCCAACACAGGUUCAACGUUGAGAAGAUGGUGAAGAUUGCAGAAAUCUUGCUGACGUACAGUGAUGAAACAGAAACAUACGAUUUGCAGACCCCGCUUGAGGCCUUGCAGGAGCAAUGCAACACCAUCUCAGCCACCAAUUCCCACGUGGUGCUGCAGCUUGAGCACGCUCAGUCGCUUCUUCUCCAGUUCUCUGAGGGCAUCGAGGAGGUCUCGCCCUGGCUCCAAGAAACCCAAACCCUGAUUGGCCGGCUUUCCAUGAGCACAAUUAGCUAUGAGGCGUUUCGGGAACAACAGGACCUCUUACAGGGCCUGAGGGAGUCUAUAGCAGAGCACAGACCUUUGAUAGCACGCUUAUGCUCUUUGGCAAAACGCUUGUCAGAACUAAACCCCCUUCAGGGGGAUGAGUUCAGUCGGAAGGCGACGGAGGCCGAGGAGCAGCACAGGACCAUCAGAGACCGGGUCAGAGAGGCCGCCAACGUACUCGAGGAGUCGUUACCUCGAUUUACGCAGCUGAAUGAGAGGAUGACCCUGAUCAGAGAGAGUCUGGACCGCCUCCGCAGUCACAUGCAGACUCACACCUCACUUCAAGGCCUCACCCCGAGGAUCCAGGAGCAGCUGCAGGACAACAAACACACCCGGGCCGAGCUGUCCAAGCUGCAGCUCGACCUCGGCAGUGUGAAGACACAGGCAGAUGAACUUCUGGCCAACACGCUGGCCGCUGGUGAUGGAUCUGUCGGUACAGCAAUACAAGAGCGUGUGUCCAGCUUGUCCCAGCUGUGGGACGAGACGCAUGCUCAGGCUCAGGAAGGAGAAAGUUGGCUUUUAAAACUCUUGGAUCUUGCCUUGAAGUACUGGAGUGACAUCAACGAUGUCACGGCCGCUCUCAGUGAUGCUCAGCAGGCCAUUUUGGAUUUAAACGCUAGUCAGACCGACUCUGAAACAAUCCGCCAGAGCCUCGAAAGCAUGCAGACUCUCAGAGAGGAUAUCGACAGUUUACAGGGAGAUUUGGACACCCUAGGUGCUCUGGGAAUGGAUCUGAUGUCAGCAUGUGGCGAUACGGACAAACCCGAUGUCACAAAGAGCCUGGAUGAACUUUAUUGCACGUGGAACCAGCUGAUGAAACUGUGGAAUGAAUGUCACACAAAGCUGGAGGAGUCCUUGCAGAUGGCGCUAUUUUAUCAAGACACCCUGCAGGGUCUUUUUGAGUGGUUGAAGUCAGCCGAGCUGAGGUCUACUGAGGAGUUCAUAGUAGGAAGUGACCUGGAAUCCGUCAAACAGCAACUACGUGAUCUCAAGGAGUUUAAGCGAGAACUUUACCAGAAGAAGAUAGAGAUAGAAAGCCUGAACCAUCGCUUUGUGUGCCGGCUCUCUCCCGGCUCAGAGCGUCCAAGCUCCGUGUCCCCUCUGUGUGACUUCAGACAGCGCUGGGACAGCUUGGAGUCAGAGACUGUCAGCAGACAGCAUCAGCUGGAGUGUGCUCUGCUGGGUCUGGGCCAGUUCCAAAACACACUGGAUGAGCUGCACACGUGGCUCUCCAGAACAGCUGAACAACUGCAGGGCAGUCGGCCAAUCAGCAUCGACCUGCAGGCCUGUGAAAUAGAGCUGGCCAAACACAAGGUGUUGCGUAACGAUGUCAUGUCCCAUGUUCGCACGGUCGAGUCCCUUAACCAGGCGGGCAGGGGGCUGCUGGAGAUCGGGUCGGGGGACAGCCCGCAUGGUCUGCUGCCUCAGCUGGACCAACUCAAUGACAGCUGGGAGUUUGUCCGCUGCGAGACUGAACGCAGGCAGUUGGAAUUAGAGAACGGACUGAGUCAGGUACAAGAUGUUACCAUGGAGAUCCAGGAUCUCUUGCAGUGGCUUGAGAACACAGAUCUGAGAUUGUCCUCCUCUAAAACCGUAUGGGGAAUGCCGGACUCUGCCAGUGAAAGGCUCAAUGCACAUUUGGAGUUGUGCAACGAGAUGGAGUCUAAGCUCCACGCUUACACCGACGUGAAGAACGCCAUCCACAGGAUGCUGGAAGGCAACGUUGUGCGGGGAUCGGGCACCGAGCACAGCUUAUCUAUUCUUGAACAGAAAUGGGCAUCGGUUCUCAGCAAAGUCCAGGAGCGAAAGGCGAGGCUUACGGAAGGACUGAGUCUGGCCAAGGACUUCCACAGCAACGUCCAGGAACUUCUCACUAAAAUGACCAAGUGUGAAGAGUCUAUUGGGUUUCUUCCUGCUCCCAGCUUUGUUCUGGAGCGAGUUUGUUCUCAACUGCAGGAACAUAGAACGCUGGUGAAUGAGGUGAACGGUUACGGGGAGAAGAGGACCACCAUGGAGAGCACAGCCCGCAGACUAAUAGAGCUGAGCCGGAAGGAAGACUGCGAUGUAAUUCAUAACCUAAUCAUGACCGUCCAAGACCGCCACAAAAAGCUCCAGCAGCGUGCUUCAGAAAGAGGCAGAACGCUGGAGGAGGUCAAAAAGUCUGCCAAACAGUUCAAUGAAUCGUGGCGCCUGCUAGUGGACUGGAUGGCGGAGGUGGAACAGACAUUGGACACACACAAAGAGAUCGCUGUGACCCACGAGGAGAUUAAACAACAGCUGACUGAACAGAAGGAGUUCCAGAAACUGCUCCGGUCAAAGAGGCCCAUGUACGAUGCAACAUCUAAGAACGGACGUUGCCUUCAUGAAAGGGCUCAAACCGGCCAUGAUAGACAACACGUGGAGAAUCUCCUGGCUGAGCUCAAAGACACAUGGGACACCGUCAGCGGCAAGUCUAUGGAGAGACAACACAAGCUGGAGGAAGCACUGCUGUUCUCGGGCCGAUUCACCGACGCCCUCCAGGCACUGAACGACUGGCUGUACAGAGCCGAGCCCCAACUAGCCGAGGACGUUCCUGUCGGUGGGGACAAAGACAUGGUCAACAACUUGAUCGACAAACACAAGGCCUUCCAAAAGGAGUUGGGGAAGCGAGCCGGAUGCAUCCGGACGCUGAAGCGCUCUGUGAGGGACCUGACCAGGAGCAGCACAGCCGACGCUCACUGGCUGCAGGAGCAGAUGGAGGAGCUGGAGGUCCGCUGGGAGGUUGUGUGCAAACUGUCCGUCAGCAGGCAAGACAGACUGGAGGCCGCUCUUCAGCAGGCUGAAAAGUUUGUUGGUCUUGUCCACUCUUUAAUGGAGCGCCUCACCGAGGCAGAGAGGAUACUGAAAUACGGCGUGAUACCAGAGGAGGAAGAGGGCCUGCUCUCUUUCCGCAAACAGCACGAGGUAUCGAUGGGAGCCCUGCAGACUCAGGCCGUGGAGUUGCACAACAUCCAGUGUCUGGGUGAGGAGAUCCUGGCUUCCUGCCAUCCAGACUCCAUAAUCACCCUGAAGUCCUGGAUCAGUGUCACCAAGACCCGCUAUGAGGAGGUUCACAGCUGGGCUCAGCAGCAAGGCCAGAGAAUCCAGGCCGGCUUGGCAGCACUGGAGUCAGAGAAAGAGGAAGUCCAGAGGCUGCUUGACUGGAUCUCCUCAGCAGAGGAAGCACUCAACCUCAGAGACCAAGAGCCUCCGCCUGAGACCACAGAGCACAUCCAAGAACUGAUUGAGCAGCACACAGUAUUCAUGGAAGAGUUGAAUAAAAAGUUCCCAGAGGUUGAACAUGCCACAAAGUCCUGCAAACACAAGAGCGUUUCCAAACGCCAAUGUUCCCCCAGCAAACGGCCACUCACGAAGAGGAGGAGCACUCUGAAGCUCCAGCCGGUUGUACCUAUUCCCCUGGAGCACCUCGACCCCCAGACACCAAAGCUCGGUCAGCUGGUCACUCAGUGGCAGAAACUUUGGCUCCUGGCAGUGGCGAGACAAAACCGCCUGGAGCAACAGCAGCUAACACUCAAAGAGAUGGAGGAAUUUGCAAACUUCGACUUCAAUAUUUGGCGAAAGCGUUACAUGGUGUGGAUCAGUCAUUUGAAGUCACGGAUCCUAGACGUGUUUCGCAGUAUCGACCGAGACCAAGAUGGACGCAUCAGCCAGAAGGAACUGGUUGACUAUGUCCUUGCCUCCAAAUUUCCCACCAACUCUCUAGAGAUGAACGCAGUGGCAAACAUCUUCGACGUGAACAGCGACGGCUUCAUCGACUAUUACGAGUUUGUGAGUGCCCUUCACCCGAGCAGAGAUCCCUACAGGAGAACGCUGGAUGCAGAUCAAAUCAACGAAGAGGUGAGUCGCCAGGUAUCUCAGUGUAACUGUCCCAAGAGGUUCCAAGUGGAGCAAAUAAGUGCCAACAGAUACAGGUUUGGAGAUUCCCAACAGUUGCGGAUGGUUCGUAUCCUGCGUAGCACGUUGAUGGUGAGGGUGGGAGGAGGCUGGACUGCUCUUGAUGAGUUCCUGGUUAAGAACGACCCCUGCAGAGUGAAAGGCAGGACCAACCUGAAGAUCAAGGAGAAGUACUUGUCUCCAGCAGGAAGCACUUCCAAGGGUUUGACUGUCAGCAGGUCCAACUCGAGCCUCAGCCUGUACAGCAGCGCCUCGGCCCCCACCAGCCCCAUGACACGCAAGGCAUUGCUUCGCAGAAGUUUCUCAGGUGACCGCUGCGUCCGUCCCAGGAGCUCCAUCGCUGCUUUGGGAUCCGACCUUCAGUUUACCACAACAGGGGAUGAGAAUUCUCCCUCACCAUCAGACGAAGCUGAGAGGUUACCCACAUGAUGAUCUCUGCCUCUGAGAACCACGAGUAUGCUGCAGUGUUGAACCCAAACACUUGCCUUCGGGCCCCAAAACAGAGAGAUAAGCAGAAGUAAUGUGAGAAAGGGGCCAAAAAAUGCAUCAGUCACGUCUGAAAAGCAGCCACUGACAGAAGAGUGAUGCUCAAGGGUUUGAGAAACUGUGUGGAGGUUAUGAGUGGACAAUGGGGAGUCAGCAGAUGCGUGAACCCUGGUGCAUUGCAUACAGUAGAAUCUGAUUAGGAAGAUUAAAAAGUAGGAAGUUUUGCAUGGGUGCUUAUUGCAUGAUAGCCAGAUUCUUGCUUGCACAGUUCUUUCUCCUGCUUGUUGUUGUAAAGAUAUGAUACGUGAGUCUGGGAACAAAGGUCUGUCUCGGGCAGUAAUGUGGUGUCAAAAAGGGACUCAGAUCGCAUGUAUACAUGGUAUGUAAAGGUGUUGUGCUGCCCCCCACCAGCCUCCAAAAUAACCCACAUAUACCAAAACCACAAGGAUGUGAACGGUACAGUAUGCUGUCUUUCAACUUCGUGAUUUUAUUUUAUAUUUCAUUCCAUUGAGAUGACAUUGUUGGCAGGGCCACCUCUGUUUUUUGUCUUUUACUUUUGUUUCACAGUUUUCAAAUGUGAUGUAUUUGUAUUGUUCUUUAUUGUAAGAAUGUUUUAAACACUGGAGAUUGUGUAACGAACAAUGCACAGAUGUACAACAGGUCAUUGUUGAUUUGUAGAGAUUAUUUUCUCAGGAUUGUUUUUACCUUUGAUGUAUGUAUUUCUAUGGAACAUUACUGUGAAAAUGUAGAUAUGCGAUUUCUUCGGGGAAUGUUUUGUUUAGCACAUUCUUUUCAUAAAAAUGCACUUUGCUGUGUCCUACUACUGUAGAUAGGUUGUUUUACGAAUUGGAAGACCUGUCAAUUGUCUUGAGCAGGUGAUAUGUCUGGUAUUAACAGAAUAGUUAUUUCAGUUGGUGUCCUUUUUGUCUCUUACCAAAAGUGGUAUCUUUUCCAAUUUCUCUAUUUCUGUCUAUAUCUGUCUUCUAUCUGACAUCCUCUGCAUUUGAGAACUUGAUUUUACUAAGAAAUAACAUGUAAGACACUCCAUCUGUUUCCUCCAAAGUUUCCUCAUGAGCUUGAAGAUACCAAUAUGCAUUCUUUCAGAAAAGAUACUGAAACCGCUGCUCUCACAAAUUUUCUGUGAGAGCAGCGGCUGCAGCUCCACCAUCAGUCUCCAGAAGAGGCUGUUCAAUGCUGCACUCUGCCUGGCUUACACGCUGAGACUAUUAUAUAGCAGUUAAUACUACACAAUACGUUAUCAUCAAUGGAAAGUUACAUUUGUAUGUGCACCUUUUGUACUAAAAAUAAUUGAGGUUGAAGAUCAUAAUUCAAAGUAUGUAUCUUAUUGCAUUUUGUCUUUGCAGUUUUUAAAAGUCAAAUGUUUUUAUAUGAUGAAGUACCUUUUGCUUUUGGCUACAUUGUGUCAAUGUUGAAGAACGUUGACAUGUUACUGUACUAUAAACACAAUAUUAGAUUUCACUUCUAUUGCUAUGCACCCUAAUCUUUCUGUACUGUAAAUGUUUCUAUACCCAGCACUCAUUCCAAUGUCUUAUUUAGGGAAACUCAAUUAAUAUCACUAAUGAUUUCAUGUCCACUUGUAUAAUCUUGUCAGAAAAAAAAAAAAUUGAUAUUACACAGA